UAGCUAUCUAAUCUUAGCUAACGCACUUGGAGGGCAUCAACAUCUUCGGUUCAAUGAACGUAACCAAUUUAUUAGAAAGGAAACGACUAAUAAUUAAGGUCUUUAUUGACAAAAUAAUUUCUAUCUCGCCCCAAGACCACCUAAUACCAGUGAAUAUAAUCGUCAGAAUUCACACUUCCCUCCUCCGAUUUUGAAUAUUCAUUGUUCGUACCAUCACUCGCUUUUUCAAAAGGGUUAUAUUGGAUAAGGGAGAUAAACACAGACUCUCAUACUAUUCUGUUGUCCGUGGGGUUCAAAGUCGUCAAUAAAUCUUCCUAGGGCUUCCCCCUCUCUCGAAAUCAUUGCUGAGUAUUCGCAAUCAAAACAUUCAAAGAAAGGAAAGCUCAAGGAAAAUCAACCAAAAGUUAAUUCUGUCUCUCAAAUCGAAGAGAACAAAUACAUUUCUGCCGUACGCGAACCUUCAGAAAAGCGCCAAUUUAGUCUUGGAGGUAGUUGGCAUGUCAUGUCCUCUUUCUCGGUGAUGAACACAAGCUACUCCCCGUCCGAAUCAUCACGAGCUAUGUCUCCAGAAGUUGUAUCGCCGGCACAUCCAGAACGUCCCAUCAGACCUCUGCCCAAAAGAAGUCUCCGUGAACGUCUUUCUCCUAAUGUCGCCGAAUCGAUCAAAUACCCGCCCGCACCUAAAACUCAAACUCCCUUAUUCUACUAUCCAUAUACUGUCCGAGACGAGGUUGCGGCAAGCACUAUGGUAGAGGCUUCACAUCCAAGUGAACGUCCGCAGGUAGACAAUGCCGAUCAAAAUUAUAUCCCGCGGCGGAAUGGAGAGGAUCCAGAAAGUGAAGAGGAGGAGGUUUUCCGUUCUACGCGACUCUACCCAAGACAGUCAGUUGAUAACUCUGGUCGUUCCUACCGCUAUGUCCAAAAGCCCGACUCGAAACAUCCAAAUCCCCACCCUCCUGGCUCAACUGCUUCUUCUGCAGAUGGUUAUGACUCAUUCGAGAAUACAAAUAAUAAGAAGAAACGCAAGAUUCCUACACCCGGAGACUCAAAUAUCAAUGGAGUUCAUCUCUCCAACGAUUUAGCAGGAAUGGGAAUAUCUGGUCAAGAUGAGGAGGAUGUCAAUGGUGCAGGAUACUAUCAUGCCGGUGGCUCGGUAUCUCAAGGUUUGUCGGGUCCUGGAAGAGGUAGAUAUGGCCGAAAUCGCAAUGGUAGAAGUCCCUUGAGAACUCUAUCUGACGUUUCGGGUAACUGGGGCAAUGGCCGCAAUUCAAAACAACGACAACCCCAGUGGCCCACACCUAACGAAAAUGCAGGGAUCAUCUCAACUGCAAUUGCAAACGCCGAGAAAGAGCCUCCAAUAACUCCAUCGAGGGGUCAAGAGAAUAUUAGUUUGUUGCAACAACAGGCAUCCAAGAAACCGACCCCCACUUCUACUCAAUUCACUUUUACUUGUGAUUCUCAAGUACCGGCACCAGGACCUUGGCCUGGAUCAACAAAUACAAAUAUGCAUCAAAGUCCUGCUGCGAGGUCAAUGAUGACACAUGGAACACAGAUGGGUUCGAACAUGCAGACAAAAUCCCAACAAUCGGCGCAUGCGCAGAAGCAAAGUGUGCCUCAAACGGCACCCCCAAAAAGAACCCGACGUCGAGCGAGCAAAGAAUACCAAAUUGCCGCUCGCCAGCGUCGUCAACAACAAGAAUAUCAGAACAUAACUCAUCCUCCUAAUCCUGAAGAUAUUUGGAUUUGCGAGUUUUGCGAAUAUGAGAGUAUCUUUGGCGAAUUACCCAUGGCAUUGAUUAGGCAGUAUGAAAGAAAUGACAGGCGUAUUAGGAAGCAGGAAGCAGAGAGGAAAAGAUUGCUGGAGAAGGCAAAAACGAAAGGACGAAAGGGGAAAAAGGGUAGCAAGGCUGCAGCAAAGUCAAUUCCACAGGAUCGCCAAAAUCAACAUCAAAACUCUCAGCAAGGUAAUCCAGCAGAUCAAAACCACAGUCAAGGAACUCAAAGUGAAGAUUAUCCAGACGAUGAGUAUGAUCAUGAGUACGCUCAAGAUCAACCCACCUCUCCCACGACUUCUUCAUCUCUUCGUCCAAUUGAGGUCUUACAGACUGAUCAUGGCAGGCGCAUCGAUGGAAAUGCCGGAAGAAGUAGUGAUGGUCGAAUCGUGACCUGAUGACGGUUUACAUGGGAUUCUAUCUACAUGAUCAUCAUUCUACCAUUCAUCAGUCCGAAACAUUCACUAUUCUACAUAAUGAUAUCCCCCAUAUCUUCUUUGCGCGGCCUGGUGUGAGGCAAAGCCAAAAUCCCCAUUCAUCUUCUCUUUUACGUCAGCAUAAGCAUUCAACUUCAAAUAAAACGCUCCAUCAGCGAUCCUUACGAACUAGCAUUAAGCAUCAGAUACCUUCGUGUGCUUCGUCUUCAUUGCAUCACUCCUCUCCAGCGAAAGAUUUCAAGGGACGGACCAAUGGGUGGAAGAGGCAGACAAGAUGUUAUUAAUCAACAUACCACAGCUUUAGAACCUACUUUAUUGUACAUGCACAGUAUAGCUAGACCUGGGUUGAUAAUAUAUCUCUUCCUCCCAACUUUUCAUCUCACUGAAAUUCUACAUUAUUCUGAGAGCGAGUGCUAGUGCUAGUGAUAUAACAGAUAAGUGAUUUUUCUUUCAGUAUCAGCAAUCGAUGAAUUGUUGCUUCUCAU